GACAUUGUCAGCGUCUCCAGCCAACUUGGAAUGAUUUGGGAGAUAAAUACAACAACAUGGAAAACCCACAGGUCUAUGUCGUUAAAGUGGAUUGUACUACAGAUACUCCACUGUGCUCUGAAUUUGGCGUCCGAGGAUACCCUACCCUAAAGCUGCUUAAACCAGGACAAGAACCUCUGAAAUACCAAGGCCCUAGGGACUUCCAAGCCCUGGAAAACUGGAUGUUGGAGAAACUAAAUGAGGAACCACCCGAUCCAGAAUCUGAUGUGGAACCACCAAAAACCCCUGAACCUAAGCAGGGAAUGUAUGAACUCUCAGCAGACAAUUUCAAGAUGCACAUAGCAGAAGGUAAUCACUUUAUCAAAUUCUUUGCCCCUUGGUGUGGUCAUUGCAAGGCUUUGGCCCCAACCUGGGAACAGCUGGCUCAAGCCUUUGAGCAUUCGGAAACUGUCAAGAUUGGCAAGGUCGACUGUACCCAGCAUUACGAAGUCUGCUCUGAAACCCAAGUUCGUGGCUAUCCCACACUCCUCUGGUUUAGGAAUGGUGAAAAGGGUGACCAGUACAAAGGGAAGAGGGACUUCGAUUCCUUAAAGGAGUAUGUGGAUUCCCAACUACAGAGCUCUGGGAAAGAGCCACCAUCAGAUAAACCCGCCGAAGCCCCACAGCCACCCACAGAACCCACCCGUGCUGCAGUGCUCGCUCUCUCUGAAAAAGACUUUGAUGCAACCAUUGCUAGGGGGAUCACGUUUAUUAAAUUCUACGCUCCAUGGUGUGGUCACUGUAAGAACUUGGCUCCAACUUGGGAGAACCUUGCCAAAGAGCAAUUUCCAGGUUUGACUGAUGUCAAAAUAGCAGAAGUAGACUGCACUGUGGAACGUAACGUCUGCAACAGAUUUUCUGUACGUGGUUAUCCUACACUUCUGCUUUUCCGAGGUGGAAAGAAAGUCAGCGAACACAAUGGAACGCGAGACCUUGAAUCACUGCAUAGCUUUGUCUUGCGUCAGGCAAGGGAUGAAUUGUAAUAAAAGUCUGGAUGCUCCGUCCCUGGCUGUCUUUGUACAGUAGCUGAGGGAUUUCAAUUAUUGCUAAUUUUCAAAUAGUGUAUUUGGGGGUGGGAGUGGGGAUUGGGGCAUUUUGUUUGUUUGUUUGUUUUUAGGAAAUGGAAUGUACUAAACAUUGGUAUCUCCCCUCUGUGUGUGUGUUGAAGACAUGCUACCCUGUGUGCAAAGGAAAACUAACAAGUAGUUACUGUGCAAAUUGAGAAUAUUUUCAGCAUUGGUAGCAUUUCUGCAUUCCCACAAUGAAGUGUAAAUGGUUUCCUUUGAGACUAAAAUACAUUAAGAAAACCAACUUAAGGGCACCAGUAGAGUAUUUUUGUCUUCAGGUUAGAUUUGGUUAAAAAGUAAUCCUUACAAACUGGCCAUCAUUACUAGAAAGGUAAAAGCUACAGCUGUGUUGAGUCACUUUUGCCUCUACAACUGUACUUAUACCCUACUUGUCUUAAUAUAGCUGCUGGUUAAGAAAUGGAAAGUCAUGGGAGGUUGAAAACACACACACCUUUGGAAGAUACCAGGCCACCAUGAGCUGGUUGUUUCCUGUUAAUCCUCUCAGCAUGGGAGGUCUAGCCAUAAUGAAGGUGAUGGUACUGUAACAUGUGCCUGAACAUUACCGAUGCCAUAGUGUACGUGUGUCAGGUGGAUUUUCACCAUAGGCUGCUUCUGUCCAGCUCCAGAGGAGUAACUAUGCUCUACUUAUAUAGAGCCAAAGUGAACAGGCGUUAUAACUAAGUGCUCCGUUAAUAUUAAAUGAUC